AUGGUUUUGGAGAAAGAUGAAGAAUUCGAAAUUGAUUAUGUGUCUCCUGAAGAGGAUGAAGAGGCCACCACUGAAGACUCAGAUGCUGACAGCAAACUAAACUCUGAUGAUUCUGAUCAUGAUUUUAGUUUUGAUGAAGCAGAAGAAGAUGAUGUCUCCUCAUUGGAAAACACCUCAAUGCAUCUGUCAGAUUACUCUGACAUUGAAAUGGAUGAAGAUUGUCCCCCUCUUGAAUUACCAGAAUCUAGUAAAGACCUGCUGGUACCAAAUAACCUGGUAUUACCAGUGCUUGGUGUUUAUGAGACGCUUCGUCAUUUUCGUUCCUGUCUCCGUCUCUCUCCGAUGUUGUUUGAAGACUUCUGUGCUGCUCUCGUUGAUGAAGAGACUAAUAUUUUACUAACGGAGUGCUUCACAUCAGUUCUGAAAUCUAUUCUGAGAGAAGAAGAUUCUGCUGGAGUGUUAUUUGGACCUCAUGAUCAAAAAGACUCGAUAUGGGCGGCAGUUGGCUUUAUCGAUCACAUGACGUGGCCUGAAAUUGUUCGAGGAUAUCUUGAAAGCACUGGGGAACAUCCUGAAGCUUUGAAGAUUGCUAUGAAUCCUAAGUUUCCAAGAGUUAACGUGGAGGAUAAGGUUAAGGUCCUAAAGACACUCACAGACAUAUAUUUAACGUCGAAUAAGAUUAGAGACCAGUUAAUGACAGACGGAGUGAUACAUUACGAUGAUAACUGCAGAGUUUGCCACAAGUUAGGAGAUCUACUUUGCUGUGAAACUUGCCCUGCUGUGUAUCAUUUGGCUUGUUGUGACCCACCGUUAGUAGAGGUCCCAGACGAUGAAUGGCAAUGUGAAAUCUGCGUAGCUCAUAAAUUAAACGGAGUCUUUAACUGCGAACCCCAGCAGGAAUUCAAAAGUCAAUAUCUGAGACACGAACCAAUUGGAAUGGAUAGACAUGGAAAUAAGUACUGGUUCCUUGCUAGAAGGCUGAUUGUAGAGAGAGCAGAGGAAGUUCGUUAUUACUCAACAAUGGAACAAUAUGAAGAAGUUUUAUCAAAACUUGAUCCUGAUCGUUAUGAGAUUGUUUUGUUUGAGGCUCUCAAGGAUGUCACAGAAGAAUUUCCCAAACAGUGUAUUUUAACAGAAGAACUGACCAGGGAGGCAUUGCCUGAUGAAAAAACAACAAUGUAUCUUGAUGCAUUAAAAGCCCGUGUUAAACGAGAGAAGGAAGAAAAACUGGAACAAGAGCGACUGAAAAAAAUGGAAGAAGAAAAAAGAAAACAGAAGGAAGAGGAGUAA